UAGAGCGCGCUCCGCUGCGAUCCCACAAUGCACCGUCCGCUGCGCAGCUGCAGAUGGACUGUAGCUCGCUAGCCUCUCGCGCUAGCCGCGUAAUCGCAGUAAAGUUUGACAAACACAUGAUGAGCGGCUCGAACCCGCCGCCAGCGCUGCUCUGACGACACAUGCGCCAGGUCGAACUGCUGAUAAGAAUCCUUAUGUUGGUCCUGUCUCUUCCUGAAGCUUCAGCUCAACUGCUUAGCGAUGAACAUUGAUGACAAGCUGGAGGGGAUGCUUAUGAAAUGUAGCCCUGUGGGGCUUCACCACUCAUCCAGAGGUCUGGGAGCCUCAAGGGUGGACGGAAGAGGAAGAAAAGGCAGUUUGGAUAUGACACUCGGGGAACGGAGCUUGGCUAAUCAUCCCCUUUUGGCAGAGGAUGAUGAUGAUGAGGAGGAGGAUGAUGAAGAUGAUAAUGAAGAUCUGGCAGGUGGAGGCCUGAGCUCGCAUGAUCUGAUGUCUCAUGAUGACCUGAUGGUUCACGAGGAGACAGUGAAAAACGAUGGACAGGAUGAAGCCGCUUUCUCCCAGCGAAUCUCCCAUAAACUACACUAUACACUCAGUAUGCCAGUAAAUAUAAAGCAGGAGAUGAAAGUGCCAGACUUAUUGAUUCUGAAUAAAAAGGAGAAGAAACCAGGGAGGGACCCAUCUGACUGUCACAAAAAGAAGAAGAGAAAGCAGCGCUCGCCUGCAAAGAUUCUCACUAUCAAUGAAGACGGCUCCCUUGGGCACCAGAACCCCAAAUCUCAUGUCUGUGAGCACUGCAAUGCUGCUUUUCGGACAAACUACCAUUUACAAAGACAUGUCUUCAUUCACACAGGUGAAAAGCCUUUUCAGUGCAAUCAGUGUGAUAUGCGUUUUAUUCAGAAGUACCUGCUUCAGAGACAUGAGAAGAUCCACACAGGAGAAAAACCUUUUCGAUGUGAUGAGUGUGGAAUGAAAUUCAUUCAGAAAUACCACAUGGAAAGACAUAAGAGGACACACAGCGGGGAAAAGCCUUACCAGUGUGACUAUUGCCAUCAGUUUUUUUCCAGAACUGACAGAGUACUAAAGCACAGACGAAUGUGCCAUGAGAAUAAGGACAGGAAGGUGCAGAAAGCAGCUGCCAAAGACGGCCCUCUUCGCACUUCAGAGAGCUUGGGCUUCUCUUUUCCUCCCAAGGAAUGCACACUUCCCAAGAAGAAACGUCAGAAGACCUCUGAUAAAAGCCGGGUUGCACUUACAAGUCCAGCGGUUGACAAAGUGGUUGAAGCAGGUAACAAGGAGAAGACGGAAGACCAACUGGCCAAAAGCGAGUGUCUUCCUCUUUACACUGUAGCCACCAAGGUCAAGGACGAGUAUGUUGCGACCGAUUACUCCGUUGAGCUCCCUGAUUCCCCACCUGGCGAUAGGCAUCUCGCAGGGGAGGAGUCUAAUGACGAGAUCAUCAGUCCUCCAAAACUAGUGCUGAAGAAAAUUGCCAGCAGAAGAGGUUUGAAACCGCAAGCCCUAGAACAGCCCCAGAGCCUCUCACCCUUGUCCUCAUUUGAAGAGAGCAAAGUUACGAGAUACACGUUUGAAAUUGUGGACAACAAAGGUCUCUUGGAUGUCGAAACCAAUCCUGACAUGGAAACGGUUGACACCCUCCAAGGAGGCCAAACAAAACCAACUGGGAGCAGCACAAAUUACGACGACGCCAUGCAGUUUCUCAAGAAGAAGCGAUACCUUCAGGCGGCCACGGCAAACUCUAGUCGAGACUAUGCGCUUAAUGUGAGCAGCAUUGUGUCACAGCCUUCUGUCACGCAGGCAACUGUAGCGAGUGUCAUCGAUGAGACCGUUCCCGCCACCAUCCUCUCUGAGACUCAGACACUGAACGUGGAGAUCAAGUCCAGUAACGAGAAGAACGUCCUUCCAGACGAGGUCCUGCAGACGCUUCUCGAUCACUACUCCAAUAAGGCCAACGGGCAAGCAGAGAUUUCCUUCAGUGUGGCAGACACUGAGGUCACAUCCAGCAUUUCUAUCAACUCUUCCGAUGAGGGCAGCCCCACCGAGACUUUGGGAACCAGCUCACAAGCACCCCCGGCUGAGAAGGCCAGCCUUCUCCAGGAGUACUCCAAGUUUCUCCAGCAAGCACUGGAAAGGACCAGUCAGAACGACACCUACCUGAACAACCAGAGUCUUACGUUUGUAAAUGACACUGCCAGUCUUGCUGGCCAGCCUUUGUUUUCCACAGAGAAGCAGUUCACCUCCCCAUCCCGGUUCAGACCAAGCAUGAACUCGCCAUUGAGAUCCACUUUGGAGAAGCCCAAUUUUAGCCUUUUAGUAGAUUCCCAACACUCCUUCUCCUUUUCGGGUGAUGAGACCAACCCUUCCUCAGUUUCUCCCACAGAGGACUUCCUCGACCAAGUGUCCUCUCCUAAAAAAUCAGAUGCGCAAAGCAUUAGUCAAACAUUUCAGAUUGCUAGUUUUGACCAGAACUUUCGAUCUCAAUUCCUGAGCUCACGAUCUGGAUUAUCCUCACAGUUUAGCAUUGCCAGUGGACAAGUUAGCCUGAGAGGUCAUGGAGGACCUGAUUUCCCAGAGUUCUCUCUUGUUAGUGAAACAAGAACUCAACUAACUUCAUCUCCAGAUGCUACAAGCAGCCAAACCUUUGGCUAAAUGGUUUUAAAGCAUUUUAAAGGCACUUUAUAGUUCUGUCAGUGAAGGCAAUGUGAUCUCUUUGCAAAUACUUAUGAUUUUCCAUCUUUAAACAAUCACGCAUGCUUGAGAAUCAAAAGGAGCAGAGUGAUGCACGCAUUAGAUUUUAUUAUUGGACUAUGGGAUACUCCAUAUGUGUCACUGCAUUAUUUGUGUAUUACAUAUGGAGUGCUUGGGACAAACACACUAUGACUUGCCAAAUUAUCUAGCCUGUGUGUUAUAAAAUAAAUAAAUUCAAGCUACUACAACAAUACUGUAGUAGUCUAAAUUUAUAGGGUCAAGCGUAGCUUCCCUGAGAAAAAGCUAUUGAAAGAUCAAUUCUUAUUUUGCCUCUUGUUAGCAUUCAGUUCUUUUGCUAAAACAUCAGGAUCAUUGGACUGUCCUAAUAAUGUAGGUCUAUAUAAACUUCUCUAGCCUAGCAUUACAAUUUUGUAUUCAAUUGGUUUUGUAACUUGUUGUCUGGAGAGGAACUGAAAGGACCUUACUUUAAUGCCCUAGACUUGAGUAAGGCACUUUGUGAUUGAUGUACUGCAAGUCACUUUUGUUUCAAAAAAUGAGUUAACAUUUUUCUCACCCGUCAUUGUAAGCUAAUUUGUGUAUUUAAUCUUUUUGUGCAUUUAAUUACUGGUUUUAUAUAUAUAUAUAUAUAUAUAUAUAUAUAUAUAUAUAUGCAUGCAGGUUUUGUCAUACUGAAUCUGUAUGGACCUAGCCCAUAAUUUAAUAUAAUGAGAAUAAUCAUGAAAUAUUUUUGCACAUUUCUCCUAAGGUUAUUGGAUCAAAAAAAAAAUAUUCUCAUGCUCCUUCUGUGGGAAUCAGUACAUUUUCGUUAGAGAAUGUCUUGCCAAUCAGAUAUAGGUGCACAUGGGGAGCAGUGCAUCUUUAGAGGGUUGUUUUCACAUAUCCCACAUUUGGGGAUGCAGUUUUAGCAGUUAUCCAUGGCAACAGCACUUACAGGUAUGCCCCUUCUCAUUGCCCCAUUUGUCAUCAUUGUGCCUGACUCAGUGGCUAUAGUAGGUCAGACUUACAUACUUGUGUGCAUUUAAUAACUUUGGUUACCUUAAGAUGAAUUAACUUGUUGACAGACUGUUUCUUGAGUUUCCAGAUGCACUCAAGAUCUGAUAAACAUGAUCUUUUAAAUAGCACUUUCAGCUUAGUUUAAAAAAAAAUUUUAAAGCAUUUUUCAGUUACCACCUUUGUCUACGUACAAUUUAAUAUAAUCUAUAUCAUUGUUGGGAGAAAUCAAGAAAGAUGAUUUAAGGAUGUAUGGUCAGAUCAUAUUUUUAUGGUUUUCUUAAUUUAAUUUUUUUUUUUUGUCUCAGAAACACCCCAUCCAUUAGCAAAUACAUCUUUGUAUCAGAUUCACUUACUGUUACUUAUUGGAUUAAUGUAGAAAAAAAAGUUUGGUAAAGUUGUACUAAUCUGUGUAUGUACACAUUUGUUAAUUGCACAUUUCUUAUUGUUAACUAAUCAUGUAAAUUGUAAGGUUUUUUUCUGUACUCUUAUUGUUAAUGGAAAUGUACCGCUUGCCCCUAAAUUGUAUCUUGAUUAAUCUUAGCUUUAUGAUUUAUAUUAAUAGUAUAAUGGCAAACUGUACACAUUCUUAUGUAAGUUGUUUAAUUUUUUAGGAACAAUUUACACACAAAUUCACUCUGGUUAUGUUUGUGAAUGAGCCUCAUUCAGAGCAGUUCUGUGUGUAUGUUUUUUUCAUAGUCUGUAUGUUCUGGGUGUCAAAGACAUUUUACAGUUUUUGAUUACCGUCUAUUAUAUGUGUGCCUAAACAUUCCUUUACUGUCCCUUUAUUUUUACAUGUAAAUAGUUUAUAUAUUUUAAGUUUUUGCUGUGCACGUUUCUUGAAGUGUAGAGAGAGUGCAACAUGAUUUAAUAUUUGCUGCCUUUUUGGUUUACUCAGUCCUAGAGUCCCUGAUGAGUUUCAGCACAACUUUUGUGACAAAAUCAUGUUUGUGUUCUUGGUUGUAAGAUUACAAAUGUACUGUCCUCUAAGAAUUGCCUCUGAGUGCAAUUUUAAAAAUAAUAAUUUGAUUAAACCUUGUAUGGAUCUCAUACAUUCUCAGAGGAUGAGUUUUUAGGAUGUUAUUUAUCGUUUCAAUAUCAUGUGAUAUCUGAAUUUUAAAUAUUUAAUCAAUAAUUACUGCUACAGAUGCUCCAGAAAUUGAUGAAAGUGAAAUGAUAAUUUGAGGGAAAACCUUGUUUUUGCUUUAUUUCCUUUUAGUAAAUUGUGCAUUGUUUUUUUUUUUUUAAGCUCAAUUGCUGUUGGUAAGAGGCCAUAUGCAUUUAGACACAUGACUGUUGUCCUCCUUUAUUGACUGUAUUUUGAGCAAAAAAGUUUCAUCUGGUGUUACUGACACUGGAUCAUUAUUUUCUUUCAAGCUUAAUUUGAGUGAAAAACUGAACGGUUUUAUUUAGUAAGAGAGUUCUUCUGUAUAAUUUUAGACAUUUAAUUUUAUUGGGGAGUGCAUGUCAUCUGAUUGUCUUUGUGCACUGGUUAUAUUUUUGUAUCCAUUUUAUUGUAGCCAAAUUAUUUCCAUAGAAUAUUCUUUAAUGCAAUACUCUGCCUAAGACAUGGGGAAAAAAGUUCUGAUUGGAUGUUUUUGAUUGUGUGCCUCUUGUUGUGUAAUAUUAAAUUUCCAAAUACA